AUGUCGCUCGAGGCCACCAUGAUCGUGCUCGACAACUCGGCCCACUCGCUCAACGGCGACUUCAUCCCCAACCGCCUCCAGGCCCAGUCCGACUGCAUCUUUACCAUCAUGGGCACAAAGAUCAACGCUCACCCGGAAAACGAGGUCGGCCUCAUGGUCAUGGCCGGCAAGGGGCCCGAGGUCCUCGUCACGCUCACUCAGGACGAGGGCAAGGUCAUGGCGGCCCUUCACGACGUCAAGUCGAGCGGCGAGGCCGACCUCAUGACGGGCAUCCAGGUCGCUCAGCUCGCGCUCAAGCACCGCCAGAACAAGAACCAGCGACAGCGCAUCGUCGUCUUUGCCGGCAGUCCGCUCAAGGACAGCCAGGCCGCCCUCGUCAAGCUCGGCAAGAAGCUCAAGAAGAACAACGUCGCGCUCGACAUCAUCUCGUUCGGCACGCCCGACCUCGCCGCGCUCGUCGAGGCGACGUCGUCGUCGGACAACUCGCACUUCCUGUCGGUCGAGCCCGGCCCGCACCUGCUGUCGGAGCGCGUCAUGCAGAGCGCCAUCUUGCGGCCAGAGGGCGCCGGCGACGACGACAUGGGCGGUGCGGGAGGUGGAGGAGGAGCCAACGCCGACGAGUUCGGCGUCGACCCCAACUUGGACCCGGAGCUCGCCAUGGCUCUCCGCAUGUCACUCGAGGAGGAGCGCGCCCGCCAA